AAAAUCAACCGCUUUUCCCCUGGCUGGCAGCACAGAGGCCACACGGUGCCUAGAGUUACUGUAAAAGACGUGAACCAGCAGGAGUUUGUCAGAGCUCUGGCAGCCUUCCUCAAAAAGUCCGGGAAGCUGAAAGUCCCCGAAUGGGUGGACACCGUCAAGCUGGCCAAGCACAAAGAGCUUGCUCCCUUUGAUGAGAACUGGUUCUACACGCGAGCUGCUUCCACAGCGCGGCACCUGUACCUCUGGGGUGGCGCUGGGGUUGGCUCCAUGACCAAGAUCUAUGGGGGACGUCAGAGAAACGGCGUCAUGCCCAGCCACUUCAGCCAAGGCUCCAAGAGUGUGGCCCGCCGGGUCCUCCAAGCCCUGGAGGGGCUGAAAAUGGUGGAAAAGGACCAAGACGGGGGCCGCAAACUGACACCUCAGGGACAGAGAGAUCUGGACAGAAUCGCUGGACAGGUGGCAGCUGCCAACAAGAAGCAUUAGAACAAACCAUGCUGGAUUAAUAAAUUGCCUCAUUCAUAA